CUGAAAGCUGUGUGCGUACAGGUUACGCCAAUGACGUCAACGCGUUACAGUACGUGUAAAGACUUGCCGCGCAAUAGCCAAUCGCAUUGGUGCGGGGGAUCACCCGGCAAAACAAACUAAUGAGUGGCAAGAUGCUGUCGAAUGGAGAUGUCAAUGCUUUUCUUCGUAAACUGGAAACUCUCCUGCGGACGAUAAAGUACCCAGGACAUGUGGACUAUAAUGGCCUUUCCAAAGGGGAUCCCUCCGCUUUCCUACCUAUUGUGAGCUUCACCCUCACCUCCUUCUCUCCACCUUUUGCUAACCAACUGAUGGAGGUUGGACUUGAGCUGACUGGCAAAACGGACCUUCGAUUCACUGACACUCUUUAUAAGGUACUGCGAGAUAUCUUCCACUAUAAGCCCAUACUGACCAAGCAGCAGUUUCUCCAGUGGGGGUUCUCUGUGAGGAAGAUCUCUGUGAUCUGUGACAUCAUUAACUUGGUCCUGCAGAAACACAACCUACUAAAGAAGAGACCCGUUAAACAUUUCCAGUUGCAGCAGAGAGUCAGAUGUCCUCCCUCACACAAGGAAGACAGAGGAGAAGCCCAUCCGACCCUGACUGAUGCAGACACUGUAAGCAUAGUGAUGUCCAAGAAGCCAGUGGUUGAGAAUCACAUGGGAAACUGCUCCAUUUCCCCCACAAACUCCUCCACUGCAGAAGCAUUCUCCUCCCAUAUUGUGACUCAUAUUUCUCAUAAUGAAGUGCACUCGUCCACUUCUCCUAGAGAGGGAGAGCUGGCAGGACAGGGUGUGGACAACGAUCACCUCUAUUCUUCAGAAGUAGAGGGGAGGCUGUCCGCACUGGAAGCUCACCUAGGGAGUGUGGUCUGUGUGCUGGACCGGCUCAGUGUGCUGGAGGAACGCAUGGAGGAACGCAUGGAGCAACACAUGGAGCAACGCAUGGAGCAACGCAUGGAGCAACGUGACCAACACAGAAACACAGACAAGGAUGAAGAACAGGUCAUCACGAUAUCCAGAGGGAGCUGGGAAAAUCUGAUGAGCAGAUUACUGUUAGUGGAAACUAAAGUAGAUCUGAACAAUAUACAGUUAGGUGUCCCGCCGCAGUGUCCAUCCUGUCCAUGUGCAUCUAACUACUCAUCCAGCUCCAUGUCUGAUGCUUCAAAGGUGAGACAGAACAAACACCCUCCUCUCUGUCACUAU